AAGGCACAAGUGUCAUCCAGUCGGAUUGAAUGCGAGCUCAGCCACCCAAACCACCACGCGGCGACAAACAACUCCUUCAAAGGGAAAAGCGAGCUAACGGCUUCAAACAACCAACACCUAAGAAAGAAGAAAAAGAAAGAGGCUUUUGUUAUUUUUUUUUCUUUCUAUAUUUCUACCCGCUCUGUAAUAAAGAAAGAAGAAAGAAAGAGAGAUGCUGAGCAGAACAACAGCCAUAGCAGCUUCUCUUUCAGUCUCUACUGGUUCUACAAACCCAUCAAAAUUAAACUAUUCUCGAUCGUUGGGGCUCAACAACAAUCUCUCCUACACUGCUUCAAACCCUGUAAUUGUAUCAUCCAACUCCAACUUUGCGAGCUUCGCAUGGAACACCAGCAACAACAGUAACUAUACAAAGCCAAGAAUGGAGAGGUUCACAACCCGGGCUUCGGCGCAGCCCCUCACGAAUGCUGAUGAGCUCAUAGACUCUGUCCAGACUUUCAUCUUCGACUGCGAUGGAGUUAUAUGGAAAGGAGAUAAGCUCAUAGAUGGUGUGCCAGAAACUCUUGAUCUGCUACGGUCUAAGGGCAAAAGAUUAGUUUUUGUUACCAACAACUCAACAAAGUCUCGGAAGCAAUAUGGUAAAAAGUUCGAGACACUUGGUCUGAAAGUCAAUGAGGAGGAAAUUUUUGCGUCAUCUUUUGCUGCUGCUGCCUAUUUGAAGUCCAUUAAUUUCCCCAAAGAUAAAAAGGUUUAUGUGAUUGGUGAGGAAGGUAUCUUGAAGGAGCUUGAGCUUGCUGGAUAUCAAUAUCUUGGUGGACCAGAAGACGGUGGGAAGAAGAUAGAUCUGAAGCCUGGAUUUCUGAUGGAGCAUGAUGAGAAUGUUGGAGCUGUUGUGGUUGGGUUUGACCGAAAUUUCAACUACUACAAAAUUCAGUAUGGGACACUUUGUAUACGUGAAAACCCUGGAUGUCUUUUCAUUGCAACAAAUCGUGAUGCUGUCACUCAUCUCACAGAUGCUCAGGAAUGGGCAGGUGGUGGUUCUAUGGUUGGCGCUAUCCGUGGAUCUACUCAACGUGAGCCGCUGGUUGUGGGAAAACCCUCAACAUUUAUGAUGGACUACUUAGCAAACGAAUUUGGCAUCCUGAAGUCACAGAUUUGCAUGGUUGGGGACAGAUUAGAUACUGAUAUUCUGUUUGGACAAAAUGGUGGUUGCAAAACUCUUCUUGUUCUCUCAGGUGUCACCACUUUAUCAGUGCUUCAGAGUCCUAACAACUCCAUACAACCAGAUUUUUACACGAACAAGAUUUCAGACUUUUUGUCUUUGAAGGCUACAACUGUAUGAUUAUUAUGUUACCCCUAAAAUCAAUCUUGGGCGCAUCUCUCAUUAUUUGUCUCUGCCAGUCAUCACUUUUAUAUUAUUAAUGCCCAUGUAAUUUUUUUUUAUGGAUGUAGUAUUCUGAAACAAAUAGAAACAGAGUACAUUAAUAAAUAAAAGUUAUGCUCUUGAGAUCUC